UACUGUGACAGCCUCACAGUCACAGCUGGCAUCGGACAGAGCGGAGAUAACAACUUAAACCAAAAACCAUGAAGGUGUUCGUAGUGCUGGUUCUGGCUGUGUUCACAGGUUGCCAAGCCAACCUGUUCUAUGCUGAUGAGCCCAAACCACAGCUGGAGCAGUUGACUGAUGCUUUCUGGGACUAUGUCGCCAAGGCAACACAUACCGCUGAGGAUGCUCUAAAAAUGAUUAAAGAGUCUCAACUGGGACAGGAAGUCAAUACUAGAAUUACAGAUGGUGCUAAUGUGGCCAGUCAGUAUGCUGUCACUCUUCAGAACAAAAUGAACCCUCUGGCCCAGGACAUCAUGGCCAAAAUCACCAAGGAGGUUGAAGUUCUGAAGGAGCGUGUCGAGCUGGACCUGGCCACUGUAAAAGACAAACUGGAUCCCUAUACUGAGGACAUGAAGACCCAAAUUCAGCAGAGAGUGGAGGAUCUGAGAGCAGCUGUUGCUCCCUACGCUGAGUCCUUUGACUCUGAAGCUCUAAAAGCCACUGUGCUGCAGAAGACUGAGGAGCUCAGGGGAAGUGUUGAGGAGAAAGUGAAGGGGCUGCAGUCCAAACUAGAGCCCUACACUGAAGAGCUCAAACAGAAAGUAGAACAGCACCUGCAGGAAUUCCAGAAGACCGUGGUUUCUCUGGAGGAUCUUCAGGACAGGGUUGCUGAGAAAGCCGCUUUGGUUCAGGAGGGUCUGGCUCCCUAUGCUGAGGACCUGAGAGAGAAACUUGACCCCUACGCCCAAAACCUGAAGGACCAGCUCACCUCUCUUUAUGAGGCCUACUUCAAGACCAACUAAAUAUCACAAAACUAACUUGCCCUCCAAAUGACUAAUAUAUGCAAAAAAUUCAUAAAUGCACUAGACAAUUCCAAUAUUUUCACAGUCAUUGUAAUAGGCUAAUUAAACAUAUUUAUUUGACAAAAAACUUUGUUAUCCUAUUCCAGGCCCAAUGUUACUAAUGUCUUCAAUUCAUAUAAAAUAAAGAACAAGUUGAAAACA